AUGCGAAGAAUACCAUGACUCACCAUUGGAGACACAAUCCCAAACCUUGAAGAUGAAAGCACCCAUGGAAAGAUCAAGCUCUACCACUACUUCGAUGACAACGGGGCCAUCAUUUUCUCUCACCCCAGCGAUUUCACGCCCGUUUGCACGACAGAGCUUAGGAAGAUGGCCAAGUACUCCCGGAAGUUUCAAGAAAAGGGAGUGAAGUUUGUGGGUCUAUCAUGCGACGAUCUGCCUUCGUAUCUUGAGUGGAUUAAGGACAUCAAAGCCUACAACUCCGGGUGCAAGGUGGAUUACCCGAUUUUCGCAUAUCCGAAUUGAGAGAUCAUCGAGCAACUUAACAUGGAUGACUCUUUGGGAAACCAAGUUCCCUCUCGCGUUCUUCAGAUUGGGGGCCUUGAUAAGAAGGUGAAGUUGAGUUUUCUGUACCCGGCUAGCACUGGGCGGAACAUGGAGGAGGUGAUGAGGGUGUUGGAGUCACUGCAGAAGGCGAAUACGCACAAGGUUGCAACCUUGACGAACUGGAAAUGGGGGGAUUCCGUGGUCAUUUUGCCCUUGGUGUCUCAGGACGAGGCCAACAAGAUGUUCCCUCCGAGCUACAAGACCGUGGACCUCCCAUCCAAGAAGAAGUACCUUCGCUUCACAGAUGUUUGA